GCAUUGCAUUUUCGUGGCGGAUGAUAUGAAAUUCUAAAAGUAUAUGGCUGUUGAAGUGCGUAAAUUGUAAAUAUGCAUCUGAUAUGGAAUCCUUGUUUUUAUAAAAGAAAAUAGUUUGGGCUGAAACUGUGAGGACUCUUAGUCGACCCAUAAACAAAGUAAGUAACUGUCAAAUUAACAGUUCAUACAAUUUUCAGAGGUUCGUUUUCUUUUCUUUUUUUGUUUGGUUUACUCCGAUUCUUUUUCUGUUAUAUCUAAGAAUAACCCAACUCUUGUUUCCGUUUGCCUCUUUUUUCUUCUUCUCACGAUCCGCUGCUGUUUUGAUUUACUUUUCCCACUUUCAGCCUUUGUUAUAUUAAUGAGCGUAUUAAACAAAACAGGUAGGUUUGUUUUUUUUCUUUUCAAAAAAAAAUAUAUAUGUAAAAUAAAAUUUGGAGAUUCAGAAGGAAAUGAAUGCAAUUUGAUUACUUCAAUCCUGUUAUCACCAGCAGUAUUCAUUGUGGGUGCUUACUAGUAAAAAUGGGGGCUGUUGUUACUAAAGCAGCAAAUGGAGUCGGAGGUGUUGUUGGCAAUUUAUUCGGUGCUCCUUUUAGGGCUUUUCUUGGAGCAUCAUGCCAGGAUGUUUGUGCAGGGCCAUGGGAUGUUAUGUGUUUCGUGGAGCACUUGUGCGUCUCCGAUGUGGUGAAGCUGGUCAUGAUCUUGGGCCUCUGCUACAUAACUUUGUUGUUCUUGUACCUGUUGUUCAAAAUUGGGAUUUGGCAAUGCAUAGGAAGAAGCCUUUGUAAAAUGUGUUGGGCCGCAUGCGAGAGUUACUGGUCGGGGUUAGAGUACAUGAGUUGCUUCUUAUGGCAUAAGUUAAAGAACACUAAACGUGGACAUAGGAGGAGGAGGAGAGGUUGUGGAGACAUUGAAAGGGGCUGGGGCUGGGGCUGGGGCUGCUCUGAAAGUGAUGAGGUAAUGAGUUUUGGUAGAAAAGUUGGAUAUCCUUGCAGUAGGCAUGGUGUGAGAUUGAAGAAAGUCAGUCGUGUAUCCCAAAGGCUAAAGAAGACCAAAAAUCAUCGAGCAAAUCCUGGAAUGUUGAAGAGGAGACGUCUGAGGUGAUGAUAGUGAAAUGGUGAUGGGCGCUAUAUAUGUGUCAUUCCCUUUUAUUUAGUGGCUUCUUGAUGUUUCAAUUCAUAUAAACCACUUUUUAAUUAA